GUUAACUUCAGAACACAUCUGAAGUCCUUCUCUGGCAUGUGCUUCGGGAGAGGAGCAGACAACCUGUGACCAGAAUCAGAUUUAUAUUUCUAAUUUUUCCCCCUUGGUACUAGUACCACCAUCAAUUAUUUUCACAGUCAGCUUUUGAGAACUUUGAGGAUAAUUAGCAUCUGGAUAUUUACACAUGUAUAGGUGAGCCUUAAACUCUUCAGAGAAUCACAUUCUUCCCUCUGGAAAGAGCAUUUGUUGUGGGAAACAUCUCCCUGAGCCCUGCUUGAAAGAGACUCCUGUGUUCACUUCUGAGCAAUGGAGGUGAAGAACUUCGAAGCUUGGGAUUAUGUUGUAUUUGCAGGCCUCUUCGUCAUCUCCUCUGGAAUUGGUGUCUUCUUUGCCAUAAAGGAGAGAAAGAAAGCAACAUCUCGGGAAUUCUUGGUAGGAGGGAGACAAAUGAGCUUUGGCCCUGUAGCCUUGUCUCUGACAGCCAGCUUCAUGUCAGCUGUCACUGUCCUGGGGACUCCUGCUGAAGUCUACCGCUUCGGAGCAUCCUUCCUCCUUUUCAUCAUUUCGUAUGCCUUUGUGGUCCUCUGCACAUCUGAACUCUUUCUUCCCGUGUUCUACAGAUCUGGCAUCACAAGCACCUAUGAGUACUUACAGUUACGAUUCAACAAAAUAGUUCGCUAUGCAGCAACGGUCAUCUACAUUGUGCAGACGAUUCUCUACACAGGAGUCGUGGUCUACGCCCCUGCUCUGGCUCUCAAUCAAGUGACUGGGUUUGAUCUCUGGGGCUCUGUGUUUGCAACAGGAAUCGUUUGCACAUUCUACUGUAGUUUGGGAGGUUUAAAAGCAGUGGUGUGGACAGAUGCAUUUCAGAUGGUUGUCAUGAUUGUGGGCUUCUUAACAGUUCUCAUUCAAGGAUCAAAUCAUGCUGGUGGGUUCCACAAUGUAUUAGAGCAAGCAAGAAAUGGAUCCCGGAUGAAUGUAGUUGACUUUGAUGUAGAUCCCCUCAGACGGCACACAUUUUGGACAAUUACAGUAGGAGGAACUUUUACUUGGCUUGGAAUCUAUGGAGUGAACCAAUCAACCAUCCAGAGAUGCAUCUCUUGCAAAACAGAAAAGCAUGCUAAGCUUGCCUUGUACUUCAACUUGUUGGGUCUCUGGAUGAUUGUGGUGUGCGCUGUCUUCUCUGGUUUGAUCAUGUACUCGAACUUCAAAGACUGUGACCCUUGGACUUCUGGAAUUAUUUCAGCACCAGACCAGUUGAUGCCAUAUUUUGUCAUGGAGAUUUUUGCCACUAUGCCAGGACUGCCGGGACUUUUUGUGGCUUGUGCCUUUAGUGGAACUCUGAGCACAGUGGCUGCCAGCAUCAAUGCCUUAGCAACAGUGACCUUUGAGGAUUUUGUCAAGAGCUGUUUUCCACAUCUCUCCGACAAGAAGAGUACCUGGAUCAGUAAAGGCUUAUGUCUCUUGUUUGGCAUUAUGUGUACCUCCAUGGCUGUGGUUGCAUCCUUCAUGGGGAGUGUUGUCCAGGCUGCCCUCAGCAUCCUUGGCAUGUGUGGGGGACCGAUGCUAGGUUUAUUCUCUCUAGGUAUCCUGUUUCCUUUUGUGAACUGGAAGGGUGCUCUAGGAGGCCUCCUUACUGGAAUCACGUUGUCAUUUUGGGUUGCCAUCGGGGCUUUCAUUUACCCUGCACCAGACUCUAAGACAUUACCUUUACCUCUAUCAACAGAACAGUGUGUACAAUUAAAUAUAACAGCAACAGUAGGACCGCAGCUUUCCAACAGACCUGCACUAGCAGACACAUGGUACUCUCUCUCCUACCUUUACUAUAGUGCCUUGGGCUUCCUGGGAUGCAUAGCUGCUGGAAUAAUCAUCAGCUUCUUGACAGGCAAACAAAGUGGCAAAGAUAUCGACCCACUUUUAAUAAGACCAGUUUGCAAUUUAUUUUGCUUUUGGUCUAAGAAAUACAAAACUCUCUGCUGGUGUGGAGUUCAGCAUGACCAGGAAACAGAGCAGGAUUACCUUGACAGUGGCAGUGCCUGGAAACAGGGGGUUGAAUCUGCCCUACAGAAUGGACUCAAACAAGAAAGUCUGGCCCAGAUUCCAGGCUACAACCCCACGGACAAAAGCUACAGCAACAGUGUUCAGGAGAAGACCACUCAUUUCUAGAACAAUACAUGCAACUGAAAAUAUAUUCAUACACACACACACACACACACACACACCACACACACACACACACACACACACACACACACACACGUACACUAUGCUACUUUUUCCUGUCAUAGAAUUGUGUACAGAUUCUUUUCAGAAAACAAAGAUGCCUAAUACCUAUUUAUACUUAUUUAUAGAGAUGAUAAGACUGUUUCUCAGGAUAUUCUUUGGAAAGUCCCAAAUUCAUUUGAGAAAAAUCAGCCAAGGCCCCAAGUGCCUGAUGCUACAUAACUAAGUCAGGACUGAGUUUAAUUGUAACGCAGGGAGUCAAACUCUUUUUUCUUCUUGUCAGGUUAAAUCUCAGAGUUUGUUGUUUAUUUGCAGGUUUAUGUUUGGUUUUGGUGCUGAGAAUUAAGCAUAGGACCUUGUUCCUAUAAAAUAUCUGCCUGACUUCUGACCCUAGUCCACAUUUCAAAGUUUUAACAAUCAAACUAUUGUGGUGGAGGUGGAGACAACAUAAAGGGGAAUCUGAGUAUUCAGUGCUUCUCUGACAUGACCAAUAAAACAGGACUGACGUCAUCUCCCAUAUCAUGUCUCACAUGUAUGUAGCAAGUAGACAUAUCCAUGCCUUCCAUGUGGCCACAGCUAGCACACUUAACUUCCAUUGGUAUCCUCACAUUGCCUCCUUUAUGUAUUCCUUUAGUGAUUCUGCUGCUAAAGCUGUCAUGAUUAAACUUUAAGAGUAAUUGUACUAAGUACAGGAAGAGAAGAAAAAAUCAGUCUUUCCAGUGGGGUAAUUACAUCUAAAUCAAUGUUAGCUUUUCCCUGUUGAGGAAGUGUUUUAUCUUUAUCACUUUAAAAUGAUAAAUUUGGACUUAUAGUUAGGAGAACUUGUUGCUCUUUUUUUUUUUUUUUGGU